GUGGCAAAUAGCCCGGGAAAACGUCUUUGUCAGCCAUUGGGACAGCACUCUCUGCUUCAGUUUCGUCUUGUCCUGCUCUUAUUCGAGAUAGUCGAUAAUCCAAGGAAAAGAGAUGAAGACGUAAAAAAGCUGCAUCCUGGCAGUGCGUGAAUAGGAGGCAAAAAGAGGAUGACAAUGGCUUCGUUCGUCGUCGUCUCGCCUGCAAAUGGAGUAUCCGACAACGCGUUGCAGAUGGCGCCCAAUCCCGAUUGAAAGCUAAGAAAGCCGUAUGGUUCGUUGCUGUUUUCAUAUCGCUGCUGGGCAACCGGGAACGUGCAUCCGUGUGUAAUACAAUCACCAGAUCUUGAGUAUGACUAGAGGCGAAGAACAAGCAAGGUCUUCUUCUCAGGACACACAUGUCAUCCGUAAUCCGAUGGGAUGUGAAAUGGUGUUGCUGUAAUGUCAAAAAUUACACAGCCAAAGGAAGACAUUUACCCUUGGCAAUUGCCUGGACAGAAUGAUCGAAAAAUGGAAAGGAAAAGAAUAAGGAAGAAGCGCGUCAAGAGUCGUGCCUGGUGUAGGAGUAGCGACAUGCGCGCCAAAUGCACUCGCUAGAGCUCGUUGUGGACGACGUGCACCAGCAGACAAGGAGCGAGUGAGAGAGAAGAGAAUUGGGGGUAGGUGCUGAAUGCAGUCGGCAGUCUUCUGGUCCCCUCCAGUCCCGCACCAACUCGACUUGCGUUCGAUACGAACAUCCAAAAGGUUCGACCCUCAUCCAUCUGUUUCGCCAUAGAAAACGGGGUAAAAGGCGAUUGGCAGCCGUUAGCUCUAGACUGGCUGAAGAAAAAAAGUGUGCAACGGACGGAAAGCCAACGGCAGAACUGGUCUACUCUAAUAAUCUUCUAAAGAUUAAUAGUUAUACACAUCAAUCGACAUGGCCGAAGGAUUCAUUUGCUCGCGAUUUCGACGGCCAACUGAACCUUGUCCUGUUGUCGAGCAACAACAACAACAGCCGGUGACGCGAUUUGGUCAACAAACACCAAACGAUCGGCAGCAGUCGCAAGAUUACGAACUGUCUCGUCCACAGGAGACGGGAUCAGAAAAGAGGACCCUCAACAUCCGGCUGCUCAGUGAAGCCAUCAGCUCGCUCGUCCUUUUACCGGAAAGUUGUCUGCAACGGGCCGUCCAUCAAUGGGAUCGCCUGAAUCCUCACCACGACGAUGGUAGCGCCAGCGAGAGCAACGCAACGGCUGGACAAAGCCACUUGGACGAUGCCCGAUUGGCUGCCGAGAUGACGGACAAGUCGAUCGCUGAACCAGAAUCCCUCUUCCUGCACAGCUGCUGGAACGCGACCAAUCAUUUACCAGAGAUCCAGCGACGGCAGUUUUUGGAGCGUAUGGGCGAAGCUUUCCUCUUGGCCGUGCUGGAUGAGUAUUGCGGGGCUCUGCAGUCCCUGGGCAGCGACCUUUUUGGCUUCCUGCAGAAUCUUGGUAGCGUUUACCAAGAGAUGAAAACGACGUCUAGCGGCAACCGAACUAGUAGUAGUAGCAGCAGCAACGACGAAGGCAACAUCAUCAUCUCCAAUCAUUACGACAUUUCUUUCAGUUGCGUGCCGGAACAAGGCCGUUUGACGCUUCACUUCCGCACGGCCCUGGCCGCUUGCGGUUAUCUAUGGGCCGGGGUUCUCAAGGGUAUCGCCACGCACCUGUUUCACGUCGGUGUCACCAUCCGCGUCACCAUUUACGAACUCAAAUCGAAAUCGGCUCUUCGCUAUCAUUUCUGUUUUUCAAUGCCCUUCGUCGACGAAGACGAGGCGUUGGCGAGGUCCACGGCCAUAACCGAAGACGAAGAGCACGUUCUCCUCUCCAAGACGCGAUCGCUGAUUUGUUUUGACGACCCUUCCGCCAUGGCCUCGUCGGUGACGGACGACCAGCCGACCCGGCCGUUCCAACGAGCUCCCCACUUGUCCGACUUGAAGCAACGAGAUUCGUUGAAUCUUCGCUCGUUCGAGUCGACGACCACGUCCGUGUCGACGUCGACUUGUAUGAGCCAAAAUUACAUUGGGACGUCGACGUUUUGCCGCGCUUUUCCCUGGCAUUUUAUGGUGGACCGUCACCUGCAGUUGGUCCAGUUGGGCGUCGGCUUUAUGCGCCUCUUUGGCGCCGAGUUGAAGAAGAUGGGUCGUCACUUGGCAACUUAUUUCCAGAUGAAGAAACCCACAGUGGAGCCCAACUUUGACAAGAUCCUCAAAAAGGCCAACAGCCCUUUUAUCCUGGCUGUUUGUCACGUGACAAAGGACAGUCGCAAGACCAAACUUGAGGGGCUGGAAUUCAAAGGACAAAUGCUCUACUGCCACGAGUCUGACUGUUUGCUGUUCUUGGCUUCGCCGUUGGUCGACGGCCUGGAGGCAUUGACGAGUCGCGGUCUCUUCAUCUCCGACAUCCCAAUCCACGACGCGACGCGGGAUAUCGUCCUCAUCGGAGAGCAAGCUCGUGCUCAGGACGGAAUGAAACGCCGACUGGACAAGUUGAAGAAAAAUAUUGAAGAGGCAACGGUGGCCGUCGAACAAGAACGGGAAAAAAAUGUUUCGCUGCUCCAUCUCAUCUUCCCGCCAGACAUCGCCAAGAGGCUUUGGCUGGGCGAAUCGAUCGAGGCGCAGAGUCACGACAAUGUGACGAUGCUCUUUAGUGACUUGGUCGGCUUCACGGCCAUUUGUUCCACGGCAACUCCGAUGGAGAUCAUCAGUCUCCUCCAAUCGCUUUACACUCAAUUUGACGUCCUUUGCGGCGAUCUCGACAUCUACAAGGUGGAGACCAUCGGUGACGCUUAUUGCGCCGCUGGCGGCCUGCACCGCGCCAGCUCCACUCACGCACAACAAAUUGCUUGGAUGGCGCUCUGCAUGCUGGAAGUGUGCCGAUUCCACCAGACUCACGACGGACAGCCCAUUCAGAUGCGCAUCGGACUGCAUACGGGGACGGUUUUGGCUGGCGUCGUCGGACGCAAGAUGCCAAGGUAUUGCCUCUUUGGCAACAACGUCACCCUGGCGAACAAGUUUGAAUCGACUAGCGUCCCCUUCCGUACCAACAUUAGUCCGUCUACAUACGAAUUGAUCAAAGAGACGCCCAUCUUUGAAACGGAAGCGAGACCGCGCGAUUGUCUGCCGAAGAACUUUCCAGCCGACAUCGUAGGUACUUGCCACUUCCUCAACGGCUACCGUCAUCCGGAUUAUCAUCCGCCAAAGGAUGUCGAGCCAGGAGAAUCUCUCUUGCGACAACACAUUCGUUUCGCAGUUAAACAGUUGCGAAUUGGUUGCGCUAAUGCUUUGUGAACGAGCCAAUUCUAAAAGCGACCGUCACCUUCUUUUCAUUCUUCUUCUGUUUUCUUCUGUCCGUCUAUACGUUCCGUUGGCUGCAGUAACUCAUCGCGAGUCCAUGGACAAAUGGUUUGCAAACAUGCAACACUUUUGCCCAAAAGUGUCAUUUUGUUCGGCGCAAACACUAACGCAAACGCUUCGCGAACGAAUUCUUGGCAAGGAAAUUGGAAACGCCAUUCCAACUCAUUUCGAUGUGGCCGCUCUUGGUCCAGACGAAAUUCGUCGUUACGAUCAUCAUCGUUCAAGCGUGUCGUAGCCCAUCUCACGUAUCGAUCUUACGGUCCCCAUGUAUUCAUAUGCGGUUGCGUGUUCGACAGACUGAAGAGGAACUUGUUUGACGGACAGAUGGUUCAUCUCCACAGUUGCAAUUUCCCUCUUCGUGUCGCGUGCCAAAAUGUGUAGCGUCCAUCUAUCCAUCCAUUUCCACUUUGCUUUGCAUGGACACUUAAAUAAUAAUAAUAAUAAAAAUAAAUAAAUAAAUAAACACCUCCCGACCCACCGCUAUCCGUCAAACAAGAGAGUAGAGUCAGGCGUGUGCUGGCUACCGUUGAUAUGCUGGAUGUUGUGUAGUUGGCACCUCCACCAGUCCCACUAUAUUCUAUACUGUACAGUCGUGAGAGAUAGAUAGAGCGAAAGAAAACGAGGAUGAUUCUAAUGGAAUAAACAUAAUGUCUUUGGCCGUCUACGCUA